GCCGCCCGAUUUGAUAGGAAGUCUAGAACAAGAUCUCAUACCCUCGAGCUUAUUCACACUUCAGACGACUACAUUAGACACAGUACCAUCCUAUGUUGCACAUCUUACAAACUGCGAAUUCAUGGCGGCUUCAAUUGAAACAAGAAUAAUUGAGGCAGUUUCCGACCUCACUGUCGAAUUCCUGCGAACGGCGCUGGACUUGCCUUCUAUUACAUCAUUCUCCACGACAUGUAUAGGAACUGGCCAAGUGGGAGACUGCUACCGAGUGGCCCUACAAUACUCCCAAGGAGCCCCUUCCAAUGCGCCCGCAACAGUCAUUCUCAAGAUCGCUUCCCGGGAUCCUCGUAGUCGGGCAAGUGGCCUCUCUUUGGGCAUCUACGAACGUGAAACCCACUUCUACACAGAACUAGCCCCUUCCCUCAUGAAAACAACGGACUGUCUGGCAAAAUGCUACCACAGCGCCUUCAGAACGUCAACAGGGGCUUUCACACUCCUACUCGAGGAUGCUGGUACUACAGCCCUUGUCGGAGACGAUAUCCAGGGCGCGACGCUGGAGCAAGCCCAAGUUGCUAUGCGCGAGUUGGGGAGACUGCAUGCAGCUAUGAUGAUGAGUCCUGAGCGAUUCGCUUGGCUGGUGCAAGACUCGCCUGUUUCCCAACCUCUCGUGAGGCAGUUAUUCGCGGGCUUUGCGGAACGUUACAGGGACCAGAUUGACCCCGGCCAUCUCGACAUUUGCCGACGAUUCGUGGCCAGCUUUGGAGAGUAUAUGGAAAAGCGGACGGAACCAGGGGUGUGCGAAAUGGGCAUUAUUCACGGGGAUUAUCGCAUGGACAAUAUGCUGUUCACGCCCGGAGAGGGUUCAUCGAAGCCCAAACUCAUGGUUGUGGACUGGCAGCUCAUCACGGCUGGUCCAGUGGCCGCGGACCUAGCAUAUUUUCUUGGGUGCUCGCUGAAAGUCGAGGAUCGACGCCAGUGGCAGGACAGGCUUUUAAGGACUUAUUGCAACGCAUUGGCCGAGGCCGCCGGAGAGCCCGUCAUGACGCUUGAGAUUUGCAAGCGUGAGGUGAGGAUGCAGGCUUUUUUCGGGGUGACCAUGGGCAUCGUCAGUAGUAUAAUGGCGGCCCGGACCGAAAGGGGGGACCAGAUGUUUAUGACGGUCAUGGCGCGACACUGUGAGUUGGUGAAAGAUAUGGACUCGCUGGCUCUGCUCCCGCCACCAGACGAUAACGGUCUGAUGCCGCUGCUACCUGAGCUACAGGAUGAACAGCAACACGAGCCCGGGCCUGAGAAAGACUGGAACGAAAGUUGGUAUUUCGACUUCGUCGAUGAAGCUCAAGGGGUUGCGGGCUGGAUCAGGUUAGGCUUGACUCCAAACCGAGGAGGGAACUGGUACCAUGCUUUUAUUACAUGGGCGGGCCGGCCAACCGUCAUCGUCAGCGACUUCGCGGCACCCGCACCGGACAACCUGCUUCUAAACACGGCAGACAUCACCGCGAGCCACGAGGUCCUGAAGCCUCUCGAGAAGUUCCGCUUGACGCUAACCGCCCGGGGGGAAGCUUUCAAAGAAAUUGCGGAGUCAUUAUACGGAAAGCAGGGAACGUCCAGUAAAGUGCAACUAGAUUUGCUGUACGAAACCACGGGAGUGCCUUAUAAGUACCGCAUCACGCCACGUUACGAAAUUCCCUGCAAAGUGACAGGUACAGUGACGGUCGACGGCGAGAUCGUAUCAAUUCAUGCCGUACCAGGACAGCGUGAUCACUCCGUGGGCGUGCGGGACUGGUGGGGUAUGGAAUGGGCAUGGUCUGCCUUCAUCCUGAGCAACGGCCAGUAUGUCCACACGACGGACUUGAGGCUACCUAACGCGCCGUCCAUGAGCAUCGGAUAUGUUCAACGGGACAGUUCUAUUCAGGAGGUGGAGGCGAUAACUUGCCACGAAGCCUUCGAUGAUGACGGGCUGGCAGAAUGGCUGACUAUGAACAUCAGGGUGAUGGGUAUAGCGGAGGAGUUAUCCGUUGUGGUUACACCGAAGAGUCAUACGCCGUUGAAACUUGUGAAUGAUGAUGGACGAGUGACUGUGCUUGAGAGAGUAUGGGGGGAAGUCUGCCUGCCAAAUGGAGAAAAGGGUGUAGGUUGGUUCGAGUGGAAUAGAAAUACGAAGGAGUAAUGUAUUCGUUGCUCUUCUGGGCUGGAAAUUGAGAGCUGGGAACGCUGAGCAAUGACGUAUUACAAGAUCGGUCAUGACCUUCCGGCAGACAUACAGAUAAA